AUGGCAUUCAGGAGGCAAGUGAAAAACUUCGUGAAAAAUUACUCAGAUGCCGAAAUAAAAGUCAGGGAAGCAACUUCUAAUGACCCUUGGGGUCCUUCUAGUUCUCUGAUGUUAGAUAUCAGUGAUCUGACUUUCAACACAAUUUCUCUCUCAGAGAUUAUGAAUAUGCUAUGGCAGAGACUCAGUGACCAUGGGAAGAACUGGCGCCAUGUGUAUAAAUCCCUUACCCUAAUGGAUUAUCUCAUCAAGAAUGGAUCAAAGAAAGUUAUUCAGCAUUGCAGAGAGGGGUUCCCUAACCUUCAAACACUAAAAGAUUUCCAACACAUAGAUGAAGCUGGAAAAGAUCAAGGUUAUUAUAUCCGGGAAAAGUCUAAGCAAGUCAUAACACUGCUGAUGGAUGAACAAUUGCUGCAUAGAGAGAGGGAAGUAGCAUGUCGGACUAGACGGCGUACCUCCUACUCCAUGACGUUACCUAAAAGAUUACCUGGUACAGGUAACUCACCAACAGCGUGUGCUUCUGCCCCUACACCAGAAAUUCCUGCAUCAGAGAAGAAGUGUAAACUUCUUAACGUUGCAAGGCUGCGUAACAAAAAAACCACUUCCAAGACAAGAUUGAAACAAGAGCAUUGUCAUGACAUUCAGUUGCCAAGUGAAACUGUGUUGUCUCAGGAAAUGCUGCCACUCAAGAUUAAUGCUUGGAAAUCAACAGAGGACCUGAUGUUAUUUUGUGAGGAUGAUCCAAAGCCAGUUUUGCCAACAAUUCCGGCUGCUAUUACCUCAUCAACUGCAUGGUUGUCAGAAGGGCAAACAGACGGUUGUAACCUCUGGGAUGCAGAUGUUGUGCCUGUUCCCUCAGAAAAAAGCCCAUCUCUGCAAACAAAUGUGAGUUUGGACAAGAAAUCAGAGAGCACCAUUACAAAUGCUGUCAUAGAAAACCCUUUGCAAACGCCUCUAGAAAAGCAGUCUGCUGCAAAAAGUUUUGAAACAUUGACGGCUUUACCAGCAUCUCGGUCAGUGAGUAAAGAAGACUUCAUUAGCUCUCAUUUAAGGAUAUCAAAGUCAGAUUCUACUUUCUAUAACCAGGGCUCUGUGGAGACACUCUAUGUCUCUCCCUCAUUCAAAACAUUUGACCCCGUGAAAGAGACAGCAAGCAGUAAGGACCCUCGGAGACCAGCCCAGUCCAGCGUGGCUCAGAUAGAUGAUGAAAACCUCAAGACCUUAACCACACUGGUUUCAACCGCCUCCGAGGGAACCGCCUCCUUUUCUACUUUAUCGGUGUCAUCUCCUGAUUCAGCCUCUCCAGAAAAGUCUGUUCAUCCCUUACCCCCAGUUUCGGUCAGACCUUCCUUCUGGACUCUGUUCCAUCAACAGUCUUCUUCUGCCUCUGUUAAAGAAAAGACGGCCGGGGUCCGGCACCCUUUAGCUCCUAGGGGCCCACUGUCCUCUGAUGAAGAAGAAAUGGACAACGUCGACCUCCUGGAGAUUCUUCCAGACAACUCUGAUUCUGCCAAAAAGAAGACAAGUCUUAUUUCUAGGAGUAAUUGGGUAGAGUUUUCCACCCAAAAUGUAGACCCUUUCGCCUCUCUGUCCUGUUCUAGUUUUCAGGCAACCCAAGACCUGCCUAGGGAGCCUGAAGCAAAUAAUUCCACUAACGUUCUUCUAGGGGAGGUAAAAAAUGCCAUAGUCAAAUUACACGAAGAUCUGAGCAUGGUGAUACGAGAGCUUAAUGUCAUCAAUAGCCGUCUGGUAAGCAUGAGUGGGACUAGCCCACAAGUAAGCAAGUCUUUGCAACUUCCCCAGGAUUCUGAGGGGGGAUCAGAGCAAGUCUAA